AUUGUUUGUAGCGUUAUUGUGCAAUGGUUAUGCUUAUCUAUCGUCUUUUCUGACCAUACACAGUUACAGUAAUCGUAUAACAGCAUGCACACACUAGUUAAGUUCAGGUUUUUUAUUUUACGUAUCUGUGAUUGUGUAAUCGAGAGCUGCAUUUUUCUGUUGCUUCACUGUGCUUGUUUACUGCAGGAUAGGGGUGGGCAUAUUGAUCCGAGUAUCGAUACCAAGAGAGUCAGAGCACUGACGGAGAGCAGGCCGUGAUGGCGGAGAGAAAGAGAAGCGCUGUGUGGACAUUAUUCACUGCAGUUGACAAAGACAAUGCCACAUGUGAUGUGUGCAGAAAAGUUAUUCACUACUGUGGUAAGUAACACCACCAAUUUAUUUAAACAUAUUUAAGCAGUUCACCCCAGAGAGAACACUGAACUGCAAAAAAAGUUGAGGAAGGGGGAGAUCCCCAAACCCAGGCCAGACCUCCCCAAACCCAGGCCAGACCUCCCCAAACCCAGGCCAGACCUCCGACACAGAGACAGAGGUCUCUGGAAGACACUCUUCAACCCAAAACUCAGGAAUAUCCAGAUAAUUCACAAAGAGCCAUGGCUAUCACGAAGAGCAUUGCUGAGAUGAUCGUGAAGGACCGACAACCCCUCUCUGUGGUUGAACAUGAGGGUUUUAAGAGUUUAAUCAAGACACUUGAUCCCCGCUACAGAAUUCCAACCAAGGCAGCCACACUGAAAGAUGAUGACUGGGAGAUAACUCAAUCCGCAGCAGAGCUGGAGCCAGCAGUAGCAGCUGCCCAGGACUAUGGAAAACAGGGAGCCAGACCGAAGACUGCAAAGGGAGUGGAAAGUGUAGCAUCCUGGGCACGGUCAUCUGUUCCAGCCACAUCACUAACCGAACUGGUCCGAGAUUUCCUCACGGUGCAGAUGAGGGCCGACGCCCGGCAAGAGGCACAGGUGAGGUGGGAUGAAGCCAUGCGGGAGGGACUGCGAGAGUUUUUCACGGCCAUGUGUCCUCACCCAGACUACCCCCUCUCACAUCAGAUGGUGUUAUCCAACCUUCUUGUGGAGAAAAGCCCUAGGCUUGACUUUCCUCUGGCAACACCAUUCCAGCCCCUGGGAGGUAUCCAGCAAUCAGAGCUGGCAGCAUUAAGUCCUUUGCAGAGUUCAGGUCUUGACCACAACCACCCAGAAGUUCCAGCACGUCACACAGAGGGUCCAGCACAUCACCUGGAAGCUCCAGCACACCAUCUAGAAGGCCCAUCAUGCCAUCCUGCAGGUCCAGCGUAUUCAGCACGUCACACUGUAGGCCCAGCAUAUUUUCCAGCAGGCCCCAUAUACCUAUGUUACGUGGAUCUGUUAUGUUUUUGUCAAUGCCUUGUAAUGCUUUUGCCGCUGGCUUGUGCUGCGCUCUCAUUGUUUCCAGGUAGCCUAUCCCGACUUUCCAUGACUGGCUUCCCUAUUGGUCUGCUGCAGCCAAGCCCCUAUUUAAGGCCGCCCUUGUCAAGAUGGCGGGCGCUCUCUCUGGUCGUUCGUUUGGGCAGACGCCGGCACACACGUUUCGCACCUUUUUUAAUAUUGUUUACUGUGUUAAUUAUUGCUUUAGUGUUGUUAGUUUUAUUUUUGUUAGUCUCGUCACUUUGUAUUCUUCGUUCCGUCCCAGGUGACUACUUUUCUCACGUUAUUAGAUCAGUUAGUGAGAGCAGGUAAGGUAGUGGACCGGAAGACCACAUUUUUCUUUGCAUCACGGCACCUGUGCGGUGAUGACUCGCGAGCGAGGGCAUACUCUAAAAUCUAGUCAGAUAAAUUGAGGUUUUCUUUUACUUUUUCCUGUAUGCUCUGUCGUUAGUCACCUGGUCCUUUUUCUUUAGGGGCUUUUGCUUCUUGUUAAUGUGGAACCAUCUUUGAAGUAAAACAAAAGCUUUUUUCCCCUAAAGCGUGUCUUUGGUAUUUGUUGUAGUGUCCAUAUUAUUUCUUUCAAGUUGGACAUUGUAACAAAAUGGGGGCUCGUCCGGGAGUGUUCCACUAGGUUUUUU